AUGACGGAGCUGCACUCAGGUCUUUGUUCAUCUCACCAAUGGGGUAGAUCAUUGGUUUGUAGGAUAAUGGUGAUCAGCUACUAUUGGCCUUCUAUUCAACUUGACUGUGAGAAGCUUGCUAAGGAAUGCGAAGCGUGUCAGUUAUUUGCGAAGAUGCCCGGACGGCCGGCAACUUUCUACCAACCGUUCGGAGUGCCGGUUCAAUUGAUCAUGGAUAAUGGCAAACAGUUUGAAGGCCAAUAUUUUCAGAACUUCCUCGCAACGAUAAGAACAAAGUCGUUGCGUUCGACCGUGGCCUACCCUCAGGGAAAUGGCCAAGUUGAGAACGCUAACCGCACUAUACUUGAUGGUUUAAAGAAGAAGCUAUACAUGUUUGGGCGCAGUUGGGCUGACGAGCUCCCCUUCAUCUUAUGGACAUAUCGCACGACUCCGAGGGAAGCGACCCGAGAGACUUUGUUUGCCUUAGUCUAUGGUGUAGAAGCUAGACUACCCAUUGAAGCUUGGAUCCCGACCGCACUGGAGAAAAAUUAUGACCCUGAGGGGAAUGAGAGCUUAUUGGCGAUCUGGAUUGCCUAG